AUGGCAACUAUCCAAAUCCGCGAAGCUACACAACAACUUGUUAAGAGACAGAACUGGGCAGCCCGUGAGCCUGGUGUCAUUGUUGUCUUCGCCAUAGUCUUCAUCGUCGCAUCAGGACUUAUCGGUCUUCAAAUAUCUCGAUGGAUCUCUCGCCAUAGAGAAAGACAAGCAGCAAAGCGGGACUUGGGAGCCAACGCUUAAUUGGCAUGAUCCCAUUGUGUUGCUUUGUUGCUACAGGUGCGUUGAUUUAUCGAUCCGGUUCGAUAAUUCAGACAUGAGGUCCAAAUACUUACUCUAAGCAAUGGACAUCAUGUAACAUCACGUUUUUCCCAAGUCUGAUACGUUUUGAUAUGGGAUUUGUGAACGUUUAAAGAGAACCUCUAUGUCGAUAAAGGUUACUUCUGUUU